AUGACUGUCGACAACGAGAAAGUGCGUGCCUCGGGCGAAACUCCGCGGGAGACGCUCCCCACGGUCAACCCGGCAAUUGAGAAGCAGCAGGAGGCUGCGAAGUCUACUGCCUUCCACCCGGCCGUUUACAAGAAGAAGAAGAAUGAGCGAAUCGCUGACCUGCAAUGCCACAGCAUCUGGAUUACCCUCAGUUCCUCGGUCAUUCUGUUCAACAAGUGGAUUCUCGACUAUGCCAAUUUCCGCUUCCCGGUACUCUUGACAACAUGGCACUUGGCAUUCGCGACCAUCAUGACCCAGCUGCUAGCUCGCUUCACCACUGUUCUCGAUGGACGCAAGUCUGUCAAGAUGACUGGUCGCGUCUAUCUCCGCGCAAUCGUUCCGAUCGGUCUCAUGUUCAGUCUGAGUCUGAUCUGCGGUAAUAUGACAUAUCUAUAUCUGAGUGUGGCUUUCAUCCAGAUGCUCAAGGCUACUACUCCCGUUGCCGUUCUGCUUGCCACCUGGGGCAUGGGUAUGGCUCCCGUUAACUACAAGACCCUCGCCAAUGUCUCCAUCAUUGUGGUCGGUGUUGUUAUUGCGUCCUUUGGUGAGAUCAAGUUUGUCUUGGUCGGUUUCCUGUUUCAGUUGGGUGGUAUCGUCUUCGAGGCCACCCGCUUGGUCAUGGUUCAGCGCCUUCUCAGCUCUGCCGAGUACAAGAUGGACCCGAUGGUGUCGCUCUACUACUUCGCCCCGGUCUGUGCCGUGAUGAACGGCGUGGUGGCUCUGUUCCUCGAGGUCCCCAGCCUGACUAUGGGCCACAUCUACAACGUAGGCAUCUGGGUCCUGCUUGCUAACGCCAUGGUGGCUUUCCUCCUGAACGUUUCCGUGGUCUUCCUGAUCGGCAAGACUUCAUCUCUGGUGAUGACUCUUUGCGGUGUCCUCAAGGAUAUUCUCCUGGUGGCCGCCUCCAUGCUCAUCUGGAAUACCCCCGUCUCUGGUCUCCAGUUCUUCGGUUACUCCGUGGCGCUUGUCGGUCUUGUCUACUACAAGCUCGGCGGGGAGACGAUCCGCGAGUACACUGGACAGGCAAACCGAGCGUGGGCCGAGUACGGCAGCACCAACCCCGCCAAACGCAAGUUCAUUGUCUUUGGCGCCGGGGCUCUCAUCUUCUUCCUCUUUGUGGGCUCGAUGGCACCCAGCUACGCCCCGGAACAGGUUGAUCGCGUGAAGACUUUGCUUGGCGGUGCCACUGCUGGUAACGCCUAG